AAGACAAGGCAGCAGAAAGAGACGAUGUGGAAAUUAAUCUUGUUUCCUGCUCUAUCCAACUAAAGAUAUAAUUUCUUCUUAAGCUACUGAAGGGUUCAAAGAAACUAUUUUAAUUUUUUGGAUAGAAGUUUUUAACUUAUACAUGAUGAGUCUCACAGGAGAGAGACCACAUCUGUGCUCUGAGUGUGACAGAAGCUUUACACAUAAAUCAUAUCUUAUCAUACAUCAGAGGAGUCACACAGGAGAGAAACCAUUUAUAUGUUCUGAAUGCAGCAAGUGUUUUUCCCAUAAGUCAUCUCUUGUUAUUCAUCAGAGGAGUCACACAGGAGAAAAACUAUUUACAUGUUCUGAAUGUAGGAAGUGUUUUUCCCGGAAGUCAUCUCUUGUUAGACAUCAGAGAAGUCACACAGGAGAAAAACCAUUUACAUGUUCUGAAUGUAGGAAGUGUUUUUCCCAGAAGUCAGAGCUUGUUAUACAUCUGAGGAUUCACACAGGAGAGAAACCAUUUGAAUGUUCUGAAUGUAGAAAGUGCUUUUCCCAGAAGUCAUUUCUUGUUAUACAUCAGAGGAGUCACACAGGAGAGAAACCAUUUAUAUGUUCUGAAUGUAGCAAGUGUUUUUCCCAGAAGUCAUUUCUUGUUAUACAUCAGAGGAAUCACACAGGAGAAAAACCAUUUACAUGUUCUGAAUGCAGCAAGUGUUUUUCCCGGAAGUCACUUCAUAUUAUACAUCAGAGGAUUCACACAGAAAAGAAACCAUUUGGAUGUUCUGAAUGUAGCAAGUGUUUUUCCUAUAAGUCAUCUCUUGUUAUUCAUCAGAGGAGUCACACAGGAGAGAAACCAUUUACAUGUUCUGAGUGCAGCAAGUGUUUUUCCCGGAAGUCACUUCUUAUUAUACAUCAGAGGAUUCACACAGGGGAGAAACCAUUUACAUGUUCUGAAUGUAGGAAGUGUUUUUCCCAGAAGUCAGAGCUUGUUAGACAUCAGAGGAGUCACACAGGAGAGAAACCAUUUACAUGUUCUGAAUGUGGGACGUGUUUUUUCCAGAAGUCAGAGCUUGUUAUACAUCAGAGGAGUCACACAGGAGAGAAACCAUUUACAUGUUCUGAGUGCAGCAAAUGUUUUUCCCAUAAGUCACAUCUUGUUAUACAUCAGAGGAGUCACACAGGAGAGAAACCAUUUACAUGUUCUGAAUGUAGGAAGUGUUUUUCCCAGAAGUCAGAGCUUGUUAGUCAUCAGAGGAGUCACACAGGAGAGAAACCAUUUUCAUGUUCUGAAUGUAGGAAGUGUUUUCCCCAGAAGUCAGUGCUUGUUAUACAUCAGAGGAUUCACACAGGAGAGAAACCAUUUUCAUGUUCUGAAUGCAGCAAAAGCUUUACACAUAAAUCAUAUCUUAUCAUACAUCAGAGGAGUCACACAGGAGAGAAACCAUUUACAUGUUCUGAAUGCAGCAAGUGUUUUUCCCAGAAGUCACAUCUUGUUAUACAUCAGAGGAAUCACACAGGAGAAAAACCAUUUACAUGUUCUGAAUGCAGCAAGUGUUUUUCCCAGAAGUCAUUUCUUGUUAUACAUCAGAGGAGUCACACAGGAGAAAAACCAUUUACAUGUUCUGAAUGUAGGAAGUGUUUUUCCCAGAAGUCACAUCUUGUUAUGCAUCAGAGAGUUCACACAGAUAAGAAACCAUUUGAAUGUUCUGAAUGUAGCAAGUGUUUUUCCCAUAAGUCAUCUCUUGUUAUUCAUCAGAGGAGUCACACAGGAGAAAAACCAUUUACAUGUUCUGAAUGUAGGAAGUGUUUUCCCCAGAAGUCGGAUCUUGUAAUACAUCAGAGGAGUCACACAGGAGAGAAACUAUUUGAAUGUUCUGAAUGUAGGAAGUGUUUUUCCAAGAAGUCGUAUCUUGUUAUACAUCAGAGGAGUCACACAGGAGAGAAACCAUUUACAUGUUCUGAAUGUAAGAAGUGUUUUCCCCGGAAGUCAGAGCUGGUUAUACAUCAGAGGAGUCACACAGGAGAGAAACCAUUUGAAUGUUCUGAAUGUAGAAAGUGUUUUUCCCAGAAUUCAUUUCUUGUUAUACAUCAGAGGAGUCACACAGGAGAGAAACCAUUUACAUGUUCUGAAUGUAGCAAGUGUUUUUCCCAGAAGUCAUCUCUUGUUCUACAUCAGAGGAGUCACACAGGAGAGAAACCAUUUGAAUGUUCUGAAUGUAGGAAGUGUUUUCCCCGGAAGUCAGAGCUUGUUAUACAUCAGAGGAGUCACACAGGAGAGAAACCAUUUACAUGUUCUGAAUGCAGCAAGUGUUUUUCCCAGAAGUCACAGCUUGUUAUACAUCAGAGGAGUCACACAGGAGAGAAACCAUUUACAUGUUCUGAAUGUAGCAAGUGUUUUACUAGAAAGAAAACACUCAGUAAUCACAUGCAGAGUCACUCUGAGGGCCUGAAAGCAGCUUGUGUAUCAUAAGUAAUGUAACUUAUCACAACAUUAUGAAUAAAAUGGAACCAAUAAUUAUUUUCUGAA